UUUGUUAACCAACAUUCAGGGACUAAUUGGCUAAAUCCCAACUCUGCCCAAGUCCAUCUUGAUGGAGGUAGUUUUUCGAAGGGAGAUGAUGCUCUAAAGUUGUAAACCACCCUUAAUGGGUAAAUGAUCCAGAGCGUGAUCGCUUAAAUAAGCGUGAGGAGUGGCUGCGGGGUGGCGCGGGCAGGGAUGCUGCGGCUCAGUGCGUGGCUGAAGGAGGCUCUUGCAGCGGGUUUGCGUCUCCUGCGUCCCCGGCGCCCCUCGCUAGCAAAGACAGCGGAUGACACGGGCGCUGGAGCGGGCUGAGAAGACGGAGGUUUUGAGUGAAGAUCUCCUGCAGGUGGAGAAGCGCCUGGAGCUGGUGAAGCAGGUCUCCCACAGCACCCACAAGAAGCUGACGGCAUGUCUGCAGGGCCAGCAAGGCGUGGACGCCGACAAGCGCUCGAAGAAGCUGCCGCUGACGACGCUGGCGCAGUGCUUGAUGGAGGGCUCGGCUGUGCUGGGCGACGACUCCCUGCUGGGGAAGAUGCUGCGGCUGUGCGGGGAGGCGGAGGACAAGCUGGCUCAGGAGCUCAUCCACUUCGAGCUGCAGGUGGAGAGGGACGUCAUCGAGCCCCUCUUCGUGCUGGCUGAGGUGGAAAUCCCGAAUAUCCAGAAGCAAAGGAAGCACUUGGCGAAGCUCGUGCUGGACAUGGACUCCUCCAGGACACGGUGGCAGCAGUCGGCCAAGUCCUCGGGCUUGGCCAGCAACCUGCAGCCCUCGGGCGCCAAAGCCGACGCUCUCAGGGAGGAGAUGGAGGAGGCGGCCAACAGAGUGGAGAUUUGCAGGGACCAGCUCUCGGCCGACAUGUACAAUUUUGUGGCCAAAGAAGUAGACUAUGCAAACUAUUUUCAAACCCUGAUCGAGGUGCAGGCAGAGUACCAUCGGAAAUCCUUAGCGCUUUUGCAGAAUGUCCUGCCUCAAAUUAAAGCCCAGCAGGAGGCGUGGAUGGAGAAGCCCUCCUUCGGGAAGCCCUUGGAGGAGCAUCUGGCCGUCAGCAGGCGGGAGAUCGCCUUCCCCGUGGAGGCGUGCGUGACGAUGCUGCUGGAGUGUGGCAUGCAGGAGGAGGGUCUCUUCCGAGUGGCUCCCUCGGCCUCCAAGCUGAAGAAGCUCAAGGCCGCGCUGGACUGCUGCGUGGUGGACGUGCAGGAGUACUCGGCCGACCCGCAUGCCAUCGCAGGAGCCCUCAAGUCCUACCUGCGAGAGCUGCCGGAGCCCCUCAUGACCUUCGAGCUGUACGAGGAGUGGAUCCAGGCCUCCAACAUCCCGGAGCAGGAGAAGCGGCUGCAGGCUCUCUGGAGCGCCUGCGAGAAGCUGCCCAAAGCCAACUACAACAACAUCAGGUACUUGAUUAAAUUCCUGGCCAAGCUGACCGAGUACCAGGACACGAAUAAAAUGACACCGAGCAACGUGGCCAUCGUGCUGGGGCCCAACCUCCUCUGGCCGCAGGCGGACGGGAACAUGACGGAGAUGAUGACGACCGUCUCGCUGCAGAUCGUGGGCAUCAUCGAGCCGCUCAUCCAGCACGCCGACUGGUUCUUCCCUGGAGACAUCGAGUUCAACGUGACGGGCAACUACGGCAGCCCCAUGCACGUCAACCACAACGCCAACUACAGCUCCAUGCCCUCCCCGGACAUGGACCACGCCGACCGCCGGCAGCACGACCAGGCCCGGCGGCCCCUCAGCGUGGCCACGGACAACAUGAUGCUGGAGUUUUACAAGAAGGAUGGCCUUAGGAAAAUCCAAAGCAUGGGCGUCAGGGUGAUGGACACCUCGUGGGUGGCUCGCCGAGGCACCUCGGCGGCACGCAAGGCGUCCUCCACCCCGCCGGCCGCUCAGCCCCCCGCGCCGCCCGCCGAGCUCCCCGCCACCCCCCACUCGCCCAUUCCCGAGCAAUCGCCGGACGUGGCGGCCACCCCUUCCCCACCUCCCACCAGCUUCGGCUUCCCCCCGGGAGCCGAGCGCACAAGCACUUUCCGGCCCAAGGAGCCGCCCCCCGGGGCCGGGCAGCCGCCGCCCCCCGCCCCGCCCGCCGAGCAGAGCCCGCCCGCCCUGCGCAAAGUGGCCAAGAAGCUGGCGCCCAUCCCGCCCCGGGCGGCCGCGGGGGAGCAGGGGGGGGGGCAGCCCUCCCCCGCCAGCCUCUCCCCCACCCCCCCCAGCACCCCCUCCCCUUACGGCCCCGCCGCCCCCCCGGGGCCCUGCCCGCCCCCCGGGCCGCCCUCUCCCGCCCCCCCGCCGCCGCCUCCCCCGCCCCCCCCUCUCCUGCCCUCCCCCGCCGGCCCCCCCCCCAAAUCCCGGCCCACCCCCAAGCCGCGGCCGCGGCCGGCGCUGCCCCCGCCUCCCCAGCCCCCCCCCCCGGCCGCCCCCGGCCCCCCCCAGCCCCCGGAGCUGCCCCGCCUGGACGCCGCGGGCCCCGGGGAUGGCGUGUCCACAGGUCUGCUCUGUUUUGAGGUCCCCUCCCUCCACGUCCCCCUGGAUGCCACCCUGUGCCGGGACCCGCCGGAGGCACCGCAGAGACUCUCGGGGCCGAGCCCGGCCACCCGGCAGGAGCAGGAGGAGGAAUCGGAGAGCACAGCCCUAUGACAGUGUCCCUGUCCCCACGCUCGUCCUUGCAGCACCCAGGGGCCAGCACCGGCCACCGGCGCCGAAGGCCACUGGCGCACCAGUUUCGGGUGGCAAAGUGCCCGCUUUGGGGGGCGGUCGCUGAUCUUUAUUUAAUUUUUUUUCGCCUUAUCCAGACUUUGCCUUUCAACUGGGUGCCUGCGCCCCCCCCACUCCCCCCCCCCCCCCAUCCUCCUUUGCCCCCGCAGCACCCACGGUCCUGGGGUGACACCACCAUCUCCUCCGGGCCCCGACAGCGGGUGCCACGGGGAAACGGCCAGGUGACAACGAGCUCGCCAGCGCUUUGCAGCGGGAUUUCAUUUCUUCGGCUUCUUCCCCCUCCGCUUGUUUGCCGGAGCAGGAUGGGACCUGACCAGCAAUAACCUGGGGGGCGCAGGAUGUGACCCCCCCCCCCCGGGGCUCUCGGGGUGCCAGCGGGCGAGGGUGCGCGUCCCUUGGCAACCGCUGUCCCCGUGGGUUGGUGGCUUUGGUUGUGCAUGCGAAGACAAAUUAACCUUUUAUCCUUUCCAGAGAGAUAAGAGAUAUAUAUAUAUAUCGGCAGAGAUAUAUAUAUUAUAUAUUUGUAUAUAUAUAGAGAAAAAAUAUAUAGAGAUUUGUUUUAUUUGGAGCCAUUCCCGCCCACCCGGUGCACAGAGGGAGGAUGGAAAUGACAGCGCUUCGCCCCCCCGCCCCGCUCGCGCCGUGCCCCUCGCCCCAGGCGGGCACCCCGGGGGCACCAGCACCCCAAAGCAAUCAAUAAAUCCAUGUGCCACUCGCUGUGAA